CAACCGAGGAACGUCUGCACGACUGCAUACGUCAUUAGUCUGUGAUGGCAACGGAGCAUUGUUUUCCGGCGAAGUCUCCGGCUACUUUAGGCGGUGAGGACUAAGGACCUCUGUUCCUAGAUGCAGCGAGGCUUUGGGGCUUGGAAUCGAAUCUCACCCUCACCUUUAUGUAAUAUAUCUUCUCCAUUAAAAAAACAUGGCUUGGUCCCUUAAUGGCAUUGCACGCAUUGGCUUUUUGCAGGUUGAUGAGAGACGUACUCGUUAGAUUUUGAUCAAUCAAUUUAAAAACCCAAAAGAAAAUCCAAGUUUCACACAGAUUGACACUACAAAAUCAAAAAGGCCACUUGCUUGCGCAGAUUUCGAAACACAUUUCUUAUAACUUUGAUCUCGACUGAGGAAGAGAAACCUGAUCUACUCUGUAAAAUAAGCUUAGAGUAGUACCCAGUAAUCAGUAUCAACCAAAACCAGGUGGUGGGUUCUGUACAAAACAGUAGAGUGAGAAGUGAUUACCCUUCCUCUCCUUUCUUUUUCUCUCUCUACCUCAUACAUUUUCCCUACAUGGUUCAGAGUCGGUGCGAAAUGCAAGUAGAGCAAGAAGUCAUUUAUUCUUAUACAACCGAAGGGCCUAUGUGUAUCUGAUUUGAUCUGAUCUCUAACUAUGGGACUCUUUAAUUUCCCUUCUUCGAAACGAAACGCUCGGCAAUGGAGGCUCCUCGAUCUGAUCUAUGCUGCUUUCUUCGUUGUGCUGUUUGUCUUCUUCAUCUUUGCAUUUACCCCACUUGGUGACUCCCUUGCUGCUUCGGGACGACAGACGCUUGUGCUCGCCACUGGUGAUCCCGUUCAGAGACUUAAGCUGGUGGGCUUGAUUGAGUCUGGGCAGCUGCAGACCAUCGAAGCCUGCCCUGCUGAGGCGGUUGAUCACAUGCCCUGUGAGGAUCCUAGGAGGAACAGUCAACUUAGCCGAGAGAUGAAUUUCUACCGAGAGCGUCAGUGCCCAUUGCCUGAAGAGACUCCUCUCUGCUUGAUUCCUCCUCCCGCCGGCUACCGAAUCCCUGUCCAGUGGCCUGAGAGCUUGCACAAGAUAUGGCACAGCAACAUGCCUCACAAUAAAAUUGCCGACAGGAAGGGUCACCAAGGCUGGAUGAAAGAAGAAGGUCCAUACUUUGUCUUCCCAGGGGGUGGAACAAUGUUUCCUGAUGGUGCCAUACAAUACAUUAAGAAACUCGGACAGUACAUUCCUAUAAGUGGAGGAGUUUUGAGGACAGCCCUAGAUAUGGGAUGUGGGGUCGCAAGCUUUGGGGGUUACCUUCUUAAGGAAGAUAUUUUAACCCUCUCAUUUGCUCCAAGAGAUUCACAUAAAGCACAGAUACAAUUUGCUCUAGAAAGGGGACUCCCAGCAUUUGUUCUAAUGCUUGGUACUCGUAGAUUGCCUUUUCCUGUGCAUUCAUUUGAUUUGAUGCACUGCUCUCGUUGUUUGAUCCCAUUUACUGCCUAUAAUGGAACAUAUUUUGUUGAAAUGGAUCGGCUGCUUCGACCAGGUGGAUAUUUUGUUGUCUCUGGGCCCCCUGUACAAUGGCCUAAACAAGAUAAAGAAUGGGAGCACCUGCAGGCCCUAGCUAGAACCUUGUGCUAUGAGCUGAUUGUUGUGGAUGGGAAUACUGUUAUCUGGAAAAAGCCUUCAACCGAUUCAUGUAACCUGGUACAAAACGAGUUUGAGCUUGAAUUUUGCAAUGACUCAGAUGACCCAAGUUAUGCAUGGUACUUCAAAUUGAAGAAUUGUAUAAGUAAGAUGGCCUCCCUCAAGGGUGAACAUGCUGUUGGGACCAUUCCCAAUUGGCCAGAUAGGCUAACUAAGCCUCCUUCAAGGGCUAGAUUAAGUAAAAAUGGGAAUGAAGUGUUUGAAGCCGAUACACGCCGUUGGGCCAGAAGGGUUGCAUACUACAAGAAAUCACUUAACUUGAAGCUUGGGAGCCCAGCUGAACGCAACAUCAUGGACAUGAAUGCCUUUUUUGGAGGUUUUGCAGCGGCGUUGUUGUCUGAUCCAGUAUGGGUGAUGAAUGUUGUUCCUCCUCGCAAGUCAUCAACUUUGGGUGUGAUUUAUGAUAGAGGACUAAUUGGAGUCUACCAUGAUUGGUGUGAACCUUUUUCAACGUAUCCUCGUACUUAUGAUUUUAUACAUGUAUCCAAUAUCGACUCUCUUGUAGGACAUUCUGGUUCCAGAGAAACCAGGUGUAAUCUUGUUGACGUAAUGGUGGAGAUAGACCGGAUGUUGCGCCCAGAUGGAACAGUUCUCAUUCGAGAUUCUCCUGAAGUCAUUGACAGGGUGGCUCACAUUACACGAGCAGUAAGAUGGAAAACCACUAUUCAUGAACCAGAACCAGAAUCAGAAUCAAAGGGAAGGGAGAAGAUUCUUGUGGCAACCAAGACAUUCUGGACACUACCUUCAUCCUCUCACUAAUACUGCCUUUUAGCCUGCAACUUUUUUUUGUCCCCCCCCCCCCCCCCCCCUUGUUUCUGGAAGUUUAAGAGGGUAUGUCCAUGCGUUAAAAGAAGGUGCUGGUGUCUUUUUGUUCUUGUUAUGGUUUAUCUUCUCCUGAGAUGUGGGGGAGAUUGUUGGAUGAUGUAUGUUGCAAGGGUGACUUGGUUUUAAUAUCCAUUGUAAAGUAUAUUUUAUUUCUCCCAGCGAAAUCAAUGAUUCAAUGGUUAUUUAUUCUUUCUCCA